AUGCCCAAAAGAACUACUGAGAUAAAAUCCUAUGAAUGUCAUGAAUGUAAAAAGGUCUUCACGGAUCAUUUAUCCCUUAAGAAUCACAUGGGCUCUCACACUGGAAGCAAACCCUAUCAGUGUAAGGAAUGUGGGAAAGCUUUCCAUUUUCUCGCUUGUUUCAAGAAGCAUAUGAAAACUCCAACAGAAGAGAAACCCUAUGAAUGUAAGGAGUGUACCAAAGCCUUCGGCUGUUCUUCAUUCUUUAGGGCACAUAUGAAGAUUCACAUGGGAAAGACAAACUAUGAAUGUGAGGAAUGUGGAAAACACUUUAGCUGUUCUUCAUCCCUCACAGAACACAAAAGAAUCCAUAGUGGAGAUAAGCCUUAUGAAUGUAAGGAAUGUGGGAAGGCCUUUAGUUGCUCCUCCUCACUCUCCAAACACAAACGAAUUCAUAGUGGAGAUAAGCCAUAUGAAUGUAAGCAAUGUGGGAAAGCCUUUAGUUCUUCCUCUCAUCUUAUAAUACAUAUAAGAAUUCAUACUGGAGAGAAGCCUUACGAAUGUAAAGAGUGUGGAAAGGCCUUCAGUGAGUCCUCAAAACUCACUGUACACGUCAGAACACAUACAGGAGAGAAACCCUAUAAAUGUAAGGAAUGUGGGAAGGCCUACAAUUGUCCCUCCUCCUUAAGUAUCCAUAUGAGAAAACAUACUGGAGAGAAACCCUAUGAAUGUCUGGAAUGUGGAAAAGCCUUCUAUCUUCUAACUUCCCUUAAUACACAUGUGAAAAAUCAAAGUAGAGAGAAACCGUAUGAAUGUAAGGAAUGUGGAAAAGCCUUUAGUUGUCCCUCAUCCUUUAGAGCACACGUGAGAGAUCACAUUGGAAAGAUACAAUACGAAUGUAAGGAAUGUGGGAAGGCCUUUAGUCGUUCCUCAUCCCUCACUGAACACUUGAGAACUCACAGUGGAGAGAAGCCUUAUGAAUGUAAGGAAUGUGGGAAAGCCUUUAUUAGUUCCUCCCACCUUACAGUACAUGUAAGAACUCACACUGGAGAGAAACCUUAUGAAUGUAAGAAAUGUGGAAAAGCCUUUAUUUAUCCUUCAGCUCUUAGGAUUCAUAUGAGAACGCACACUGGGGAGAAACCCUAUGAAUGUAAGGAAUGUGGGAAAACCUUUCGUCAUUCUUCAUACCUAACUGUACAUGCCAGAAUGCACACUGGAGAGAAACCGUUUGAGUGUCUGGAAUGUGGGAAAGCCUUCAGUUGUCCCUCAUCCUUUCGAAGACAUGUAAGAAGCCACACUGGAGAGAAACCAUAUGAAUGUAAAGAAUGUGGGAAAGCCUUUGUCUGCCCUGCCUACUUUCGAAGACAUGUAAAAACUCACACUAGAGAAAACAUAUAA